AAAAAAGUUACCCCGAUUGAAAUUCGCCUUCUUUGGCUGCGCAGCCAUCCCAAUCUCCUGCUUCUGCUCGCAUAUUUUGCAUCAAACAGUCGUUGUUUUAAGUUAGGAUCUCGGAUUGCUACGAUGAAGAAAGACCUUGAGGUGGCGGGUUACGCCGUGCUGCCCCUGCAGUUCCCCAAGACCUCCUCUGCAAAGGCUGCGACGCAUUACAUGUAUCUCCGAGCCCACGAGCCUCGCAUUCCGGACGAAGAUACCCCUCGCUCGAUGUUCAUCGUCAAUGUGCCCAUUGACACGACCGAGACUCACUUGCGCCACCUCUUCGGUACCCAGCUCGCGGCCGGCCGAGUUGAGCGCGUCCACUUCGAAUCCGUCCCCACGAAGAAGAAUCAGGCCGCGCUUCCGCAGGCAAAUGUCGGCGGGGGCGGCAGCAAGGCCAAGAAACGGAAGCGCGUCACCGCUGAUGAGCUGGAGUCUCAGCUGGAGGAUAUCGCACUCCCCGCGGUCUGGGACCGGCCGCUCCAGAAAAGCGGAGCGCACGCCGUCGUGGUUUUUGUGGACCAGCCCAGCAUGGAGGCCAGUCUGAAGGCUGCUCGGAAGGCCGCGCGCAAGGCGGUCAGUGGCAGCAAGAAAAUUGUUUGGGGGGAAGGGCUUGACGAGGACCGUGUGCCGGCUCUCGGGCUGGAGCGGUAUCUCUUCCACUCACAGGCUCGGUACCCCAGCCGCGGAGAACUGCUCCGCACGGUCAAUGAUUUCAUGACGGUGUUCGAGCAGGUGGCCGAGAGCCGGAAGCGCGAGGCGGCGCGCAAGGCCCAGGAGCCGGACGAGGAUGGCUUCGUGACGGUCACGAGUGGACCCAAGCUGGCGGACGCGACCCACGAGGAUGAGGCGCGGGAGUUGAUCGAGAAGCAGAAGAAGAAGCAGGAGGGCCUGGAGGACUUCUACCGCUUCCAGUCCCGAGAGAAGCGGAAGGAGAGGCAACAUGAGCUGUUGCGGAAGUUCGAUGAAGAUAAGAAGAAGCUGGCGGAUCUGAAGAGGAGAAAGGGGAAAUUCGCGCCCGAGUGAUUGUGUCUCUCGGCCGGGAUUUUCAACAAAUCAAUUAUUCCACACAUCGUCUUGGUUUAGCGCGGCGUUAGGGAAGGGAUUAUGCCAAAAGUCGAAUCUUUCAGGUCGAUAGAAUACUGUGUUUUGAGGCAGAGGUAAAUAUCUCCAAGGAUGUGAGUGCUACGUUUGUGUUUUGUGCCCCAACAUCUAACCUAUUUGUUUUCCCGUACUUUGUAUGCAUAUGAUGAAUCCGCUGGGGCCAGAGUAGCAAGACUCAGCUAGCGGCUCGAUGUCCUGCCAUGCCUUCAGAAACCAGCAUUACUCAAUCUUCUCACCUUCCUGAAGCCAGAGUAUGGGACUAGACGUUGUGGAGAUUCAUGGGUCUUUUCUGAAACAUGUGCUAAUUGACUUCUGGGGUACAGAGAGCGUAACG